GCAAUACAGCUUUGGAAACAUUUGGAACUUAACUUGUAUAUACUUUUUCAUAUACAACAGAUACACUUACUGUCACAGUUCAGGAAAGUUACAACCGCCUGUAUUUUGACAAACAUGCCAUCUGACCGCAAAUGUGGAAUGGUCAAAUGGAAAUGCGAGCGCAAGGUGAGAGAAUGUCAUAUCUGAGGCAGUGAGUGAAAACAGCCGGGUGCAACUGCUAAAUUGCGCACAGUAUGUGUUUAAUUUUUUUAUUUAUUUGUUGCCUAAUUGAAAGUUAAGUUCCAAAGGUUUCCAAAACAGUAUCGCUACCGCGGAUUAAUAACGUUUCUAAACGUUAAAACAACGUCGGGAUUGUUGUUCACAUGGAGCCAGCUAUCCUCCAUACCAUCAGCAGAGAACCAAGGACCGGCUGUGAGCCACUUUGGGUUCUCAAGAGCUAAUGAAGCCUUUGCUAGAGCCAUAUCCAAAGCAUGCUUCAAAUGGCCUAUAAGAAAACAUGUCAAAUGAUGGCGCUGGACGGUAUACGGAUGCCCGAUGGCUGCUAUGCGGACGGAACGUGGGAACUGAAGAUGCACGUGACAGACCUCCAUAGGGACGUGUCUCUGAGGGUCACCGGCGAGAUCCACAUCGGUGGGGUCAUGCUCAAACUCGUGGAGAAACUCGAUGUGAAGAAGGACUGGUCGGACCACGCCCUGUGGUGGGAGAAAAAGAAGACGUGGCUGCUGAAGACCCACUGGACCCUGGACAAGUAUGGUAUCCAGGCAGACGCCCGGCUCCUCUUCACCCCCCAGCACAAGCUGCUGCGCCUGCAGCUGCCCAACAUGAAACACAUGAAGGUCAAGGUCAACUUCUCCGACCGCGUCUUCAAGGCCGUCUCUGACAUCUGCAAGACUUUCAACAUCCGUCAUCCAGAGGAGGCGUCUCUGCUGCGUAAGCCCCGCGACCCCAAGAAGAAGAAGAAAAAGCUGGAGGAGGCUGAGGAGGCGGCUCUGGAGCUGGAGGGGCCACUGCUCACCCCUGGAUCAGGUACCUCUGAGAUAAUUUACAUUGGGCCGGUCAAAGGAAGCAUCUACUCCAGUCCAGGCCUGUACAGUAAGACCAUGACCCCCACUUAUGACUCCAGAGACGGCAGCCCCCUGUCCCCUACCACCGCCUGGUUCGGAGAUAGCCCCCUUUCUGAGGGCAAUCCCAGCAUCCUUGCUGUCAGCCAGCCAAUAUCCUCGCCCGAUAUCCUGGCUAAACUCUACAAGUCCCAGUCCCUCCUGGACAAGGCCAAGAUCAACCAGGGAUGGCUGGACUCGUCCAGGUCUCUGAUGGAGCAGGAUGUCAAGGAGAACGAGGUGCUCCUCCUGCGGUUUAAAUACCACAGCUUCUUUGACCUCAACCCCAAGUACGAUGCCAUCCGGGUGAACCAGCUCUAUGAGCAGGCCAAGUGGGCCAUCCUGCUUGAGGAAAUAGAGUGCACUGAGGAGGAGAUGAUGAUGUUCGCCGCUCUGCAGUACCACAUCAACAAGCUGUCCAUCAUGUCGUCAGGAAACCACAUGAACAACAGUGAGAAGGAGGUGGACGAGGUGGACGCUGCCCUAUCAGACCUGGAGAUCACCCUGGAGGGAGGCAAGACCUCCAACACCCUGGGUGAUAUCACGUCCAUUCCUGAACUGGCCGACUACGUCAAAGUCUUCAAGCCAAAAAAGCUGACACUGAAAGGCUACAAGCAAUACUGGUGCACAUUCAAGGACAUCACAAUUUCCUGCUACAAGAGCAAAGAGGAGGCUCAUGGGACACCCUCCCUCCAAAUGAAUCUAAGAGGUUGCGAGGUAACACCAGAUGUGAACAUUUCCAGUCAGAAAUUCAACAUCAAGUUGCUAAUCCCAGUGGCUGACGGCAUGAACGAGAUCUGGCUGCGGUGUGACGCUGAGAAGCCAUAUGCCCACUGGAUGGCAGCGUGCCGCCUGGCCUCUAAGGGGAAGACCAUGGCAGACAGCUCCUAUAACCUGGAGGUCCAGAACAUUCUAUCCUUCCUCAAGAUGCAGCACAUGAACCCUGACCCGCAGUUCAUCGCUGAGCCAGCUGUCACCAACGACAUCAACUCUGAGUGCCUGGUGUCGCCGCGCUACCUGAAGAAGUACAAGAACAAGCAGCCAGGCUAUAUCAGGGACCUGAUUUCGGCCCGGAUCCUAGAGGCCCACCAGAAUGUGGCCCAGAUGAGUCUGAUCGAGGCCAAGAUGCGCUUCAUCCAGGCAUGGCAGUCCCUGCCUGAGUUUGGAAUCACUCACUUCCUGGCCAAAUUCCAGGGUGGGAAGAGGGACGAGCUGAUUGGCAUCACCUACAACCGUCUCAUCCGGAUGGAUGCCAGCACCGGAGACGCCAUCAAGACCUGGAGGUUUGCCAACAUGAAGCAGUGGAAUGUCAACUGGGAGAUCAAGAUGGUGACGGUGGAGUUUGCAGAUGAGCCUAGCCUGGCUUUCAUAUGUGCGGAGGUGGACUGUAAGGUGGUACAUGAGUUCAUCGGAGGCUACAUCUUCCUGUCCACGCGCGCCAAAGACCAGAACGAGUCUCUGGACGAGGAGAUGUUCUACAAGCUGACCAGCGGCUGGGUCUGAGUCUGACUACUUGACCCCCUGGGUCAGAGUUUAGGGUAAAGAGGGGAGGGAGGGUGGUGGCUAAAUCAAAUGGGUUUAUUUUAUUUGUUAUAAAGUUUUGGUGGUUUUAAAUGGAACCAUGCUUUAGAGCCCAAUGCAGCCACCCAUUAUUGCCAUUGUUGUUAAGAAGCUGAUGCCCUUUAUUUUUGUUGCAUUAACACUAAUAUUCUGCGCAACGCUGCAGCCCAGACUAACUCCAAACCCUGCCUGUGGCUCCCCCAUCGCCCACAUUAUUUGACAGGAAGUUGGGAGUCGUCCCCCUCCCAUGACCCCUCUCCACUCACCCAUCCCUCUCCAAUGCACUGGGGACAGCAGCCUCUUCCUCAAGCAGCUAUCACAAAGCUAGGUCCAUGAGAACCUAUCACAUGUCAUCAGGAGACCUCUCCAUUCCAAAGACUAUUUCUUAAUCCCCCCUUCUACUCUGACUCCCCUGAAGGAACUGAUCAAAUUGACCCUUCAACCUCAUCGUAAUCCGACCAGCCCACAAAACCAUAUAUCAGUUCGUAUGAAGAAUCACAUUAUUUAUUUAUCCCUGUUUUGUUUUAUUGUUGUCAUUUUGGUGAGGUGUGGUACUGUUCGGGGUCUUUGAAGUGGUGUGUUGUGGUUUGUGUACUGCCUGACAUCCUGUGUUAUGAUACUGUCUAAUUUAUGCUGCAGAGUGCCACCUCACUCUCACGUAUUGUACAUCCACAUUCACUCAGUCUGGUGUGACUAUAGGCCGUAGUAAUCCGCAGAGUAAGAGUAUCGGCAAAACAGUGACACGCUUUUACUUUCUCAGCAGAGACAGGAAGUGAUGUGAGGUCAUUUCCUUCCGUCGUUAAGGAAAGGCUAAGGAACGCAGAGCUCAUGGAGAGAAUUGGGCACUGUGUCCUCUCCACUCGAUGAAGGAUUCUCACUUUGAUCUAACUAGUCCAUAUGAAGUCACACUUCCGCAGUAAGCACUUCUCCAGUAUAUGUAUGAUCCCUGGUCACACUUUAUUUGGAUAGUCUGGAUUUUCCAUCUGUGGAUGCUCUACAGAUGGCCAUGCUAUCUGUUGAUAAGCAAUUCCUUGCUGAGGUAACAGUUAGGGUAAUAGUUAAGUGUAGAAUUAGGGUUAGGGGAGUCUGUAGCGCAUCCCUUAAUGAAUAAGCUGUAGUUCAAUUCAUUGUUCUUUUUGUCUGAGCAUACCUCCAGUGAGUGUCUCCUAUCCUCUGUGUGAAACACUACAUACAACAGCUAACAAGUGUGCUUGGAGAGUUUAAACAGCCUUGGUAUACACCUACUGUAGCGCUUCUCUUGUCUGCAUUAGUUAACAUGUCAGCACAACAGGAGCUCAAGCAGGGUGAAUGUCCUGUAGUUUCUUAUCUGUAAACUGCUGAAUAACCAUGCCUAGUUCUCAUAGCUACUCUCAAGGUUGAAGGGGUCACUCAAGGAUACUCUGUUUGAGAUGGAAUUUUAAUGGGUAUCAUGGGCAAGUUCUGAGGCAAUUACUGAAAAUGUAAGUAAGAAUGUUGUCAUGGAACAUGUGGUGCCCAAAUGAUUUGGCUCAGAUACAUACUGCCAGCCAUAUAGGGUUGUCCAGCGUCCACAGCAUGAAGGAAAGACCUCCGCUCUGCCUUGAGACUCAGACCCUUGCAAAUGCAUUGUGCGUGUGUAGUACAGCUGGAGGGAUACUACCAUUUAAUAACAGCAUUCCCAAGUGCAGCCUCUUUUUUUAAAUGCCAUUCUUUAUCUUACACCAUAUAGUGUUAUUAUUCAGCAUCAUUAUCAUUAUUACGCACCAGCAACAGGUCACCAAGUUUGAAGAAUUAAUUAUGCAAAGUCUUUUUUUUCUUUGCCCUCUGUAUGAACGAACAUUAAAUGAAGUAUUAGUUUUUUGUAACUAAUGUAAAAACACAGGUUUUAUAGAAUUGUACAGUUCUUUUGUUGCUGCUUUUUUUUUCUUGUUUUUUUGGGGAAGUGUGUUUUUGUUUGCAGAAAAGAGAGGGAAAGCCAUCUGUCAACAUUGUGUAGUAUGAAAAUGUGUGCCUGCCAAUGUUACGGUCUUAUUGAGUUUAACAUGAUAUAGAUAUAUAUAUGAAGAUAUCACUAGUCUCAAACUCCAGGUUGUUUGGGAUUUAAUUCAGAUUUCUCACACUAGAUAUUAUUACCCAAACAUUGAUAAAAGGGCUUUUCAAUGUACUUUUUUCUUGUUGCCUCUCCUAUAAGCUGAAUUACAUUGCUAUUCUAUUUUCUUGUUGCCUCUCCUAUAAGCUGAAUUACAUUGCUAUUCUAUUUUCUUGUUGCCUCUCCUAUAAGCUGAAUUACAUUGCUAUUCUAUUUUCUUGCAUUUUGUUUGGCACUGAUCUUUCUCUCUAGCUCUGUAAACUACCACCAAUGACACAUCCCUAGGCUGCCAAACCCUUACUCUGCUGUUCAGUGCCUUUUCAAAAAUGUAUCACUUCAUUUUCAGAUUUGAUAACUAUUGUAGCUUUUAAUUGAAUAAUAUUUUUGGUAUGAAGGAGACACUUUUUGUUAAAGUAGACCUUGGAGUUUGAGACAAACGGGCCGUAAGUGAACUGAAGUAAAAGAAGCGAACUUAGCCUCGUUUUUUCCUCCUAUAACAGUUGUUUGCCUCCAAUGUCCAGAGCAGCAGUGCAUGGCCGGCUGUUUUCAGACUGUAAAAAAAAUGCAUUUAUUUAAAAAAAAAUAAACGUUUUUAAUUAA